AUUAAUUAUGUUAGCUCUAGGAACAUUUGGGUUUGUCAUCAACAGAGGUAUAUGUCUCAUCUUUUAUUCCGUCUGGAAUUGCAUGCAUCUUUAGUUUGAACACCACCCUUUUGUUUGUCAGAACGUGACAGAAGUGUUUGUUUCCCUGGUAUGUCCGACUGCAUUGUUUAAUCAGCCAGUAAAGUCACGUUCAAACUGGGUAGGACAGCUUUUGCCUGUGUAGACCGCAUUUAGAGGUGAAAACAACAUGACAAUCAAAGAGUUGUCUAUGGGUCUAUGGUGUUAUGCAGAGGGCAAUAGACGUCAUGAAGAAAAGAAGAUGCUGAAUGUUUCAGAUGCUGAGUGUUGCAGAAACCAAAAUGCAGGCAAUUGGUUACAGCGGACUUGAAGACCUGGAGGCCCAGGCAGCCAAUAAAGAGAGAGAAUGGAAGGAUCUCCAGGCUAGAAGGAUUCAUCUAUUGGAGGAUUCUCUCAGAAAGGCAGAAGAGGAGUGUCUAUCUCUCAGACAGCAGAACCAGAAGCUGAAGGAGGACUUUCAGUACAACCUAAGCAUCCUGGAGGAACGAGACAGAGAGCUGGAGCGAUACGAUGCCAUCUCCUCCAAGGCUGUAACCAUGGAGAUGAACAGGCAGGAGGAGCUGAGUCGGCUCCAAAUUCAGGUUGCCAUACUGCAGGCCAAAGACGCUGAGGCGAGACAGCAGCAGCUUAGCAGCCAGAACAAAUCUGCUCAACACAAGCUGCAGUUGGAAGAGCUCACGCAAUUUAUGACAGGUAAAAUUCAAAAGCACAUGGAGGAACACGACAGAGUGAAAUUGGAGUUGCAGCACAGAAUACAAGACCUUGAAGGAGAACUAACCCGACACAGACAGGAGAUGACAACAGCCAUGGACAAAGAGUUACGAGAGAAAGGACAUGAGUUCAACUUGAAGCUGGAUGAAAUGCAUGCAGUGCUGCUGUCUAAGGAUCUCAAGAUGAAGCUUCUGUCAAAAGAGAAUGAAAUUCAGAGUCAGGCCAAAGUGGAAGCCAAGGAGGUGCUCAAAGCAUCCGAGGAGGUCUUCAAGCAGUUACAAGCUCAGCUGCAACAAAAGGAGCGGGUGAUGGAGGAUGUCACCACAGUCAAAGAUGUCAGGAUAAAGGAGCUAGAGGACAAGCUGAAGCAGAUGCAGAACAAGCUGAAGAAGAAGGAGGCUGACCACAUAAGGAAAAACAAGGACAUGGUCCAGGCCCUGAAGGAGAAGGAGAAGCAGCUGGACGCUCGCUGUCAGGCCCACAGAGAGCAGCUACAGAAAGCUGAGGAGCGCAUGGUCAAACUGCAGGAAGACAUGGAGGUCACGUCCACUCAGGCUCACUCGGCACACAAAGACAUGCAAAUGGCCUUGGACGAGAAAAAUGGCACAAUAAAAAGGCUCCGCCUGGAAGUGGAUGCAAGCCAGACUGCCUGCCAGAGUUACAUGAGCCAAGCCUCCAGCGAGAUGGUCGCCAAGGAUGCGGAGUUGAUGAGCUUGCGGGAAAACAACGACAAACUUAAAGCCGAACUGGAGCGGAGCACGGAGGACAUAAAUAGAUACAAACAGGAUGUGAGCGCCGGUUUGAAAAGAGAGGCGGAUCUGGAGGAGUCACGAGUUCAGGUGGAACUGGAGUGGCAGAGGCGCUAUGAUGUUGCAGAGGCUAAAUACUACCUGGCUAAUGAGCAGCUUAUUCAGGAUUUGACCCGGGCCAGAGACCAGGCAAAGGCGGAGCUCAGUGAAAAAGAAGCGGCGCUGCAAGGCCUGACCGCCUUCAUUCCUUCUGUGGAAAAGGAGCAAGACAAAACAUCGCAGGACCUCAUGUCAAAGACCGACGAUGCAGCAUCUGAGAAGAUACGCUCCCUGAUGGAGCAGAACAGCAUGUUGCGAGCUGUGGUUUCCCAGAUGAGAAAAGACAUGGAGGACCUUAGUGCUCUCCGACCACAUCGACAGACCUCCUCUACCGAUGCAUUGAAACCCCCCACCGUUGUGUCCAUCACCUCCGCAACUGACCCCCCUGCCAAGCAUUCUGACAUCUCUGCCAACACCGCCCCAGCAGUUUUAUCAGACUACACUGAGGCUCUGAAGCAGGAGGUGAGCCUGUUGAAGGCUCAAUGCGGACAGCUUGAGAGGAAGCUGCAAGGUGUUUCAGGGCUCUCCAGCCAAGUUCCUGCUGAAUCCCUGGCCCACAUAUCUACAGAGAAACCACAUCCUCACAACCAGGAAUCCAAGACAGGUCCGUGUCUGGAGAAACAUGCAGGCUCCACUUUUUGGAGGACGCGGGUUCUGAGAGGGCUGCAUGCUGACCCCACAGAUCAGGUCCAGGAUGAGAACCUGUACCUGUGGCGGCAGCAGCACGCCGCCUCGUCUCUGAUGACUGACGUUGCAUGUGGGAAUGUUGAGAGCAUUAGAAGGAAGAUUACGCUGGUGCACGCCAGGCUGAGGCAGGCAGUGGCGUACAUUGCCCAUCUGAGCAGGGAGAAGCAACAGCUCAUUCGGAUGGGCAACUGCCUCCGUGCCCGCAUCGCCGCUGAUGGACGGGAUGUAGUUGAAGAAAAGAAGGAUUGUGUUCCAAUGGAAGAAGGACAUCAACAUGAUCGGCUUUCUGCUGUGGAGCAACUACAGUACAAGCUCACCACACAGGAGCUUCAGUAUGCUGUAAGACAAAUGGCUUACAGGGCGUCUGAGAGGGCAGGUCCUACCGUGGAAGGAGCUGGCGACCUUUGGUCCAGAGGGCCCAAUACCCCUGAUGGGUCUGGGACAUGCAAAGUGUCAGACCAAAGUCCUGCAGUCUCGUUGGAGGUGAAGAUGGCGUCUGGUUCGGAGGACUCGCUCCCAUCGUUGAAAGAGAUUUGGGAAAUACUCGACCAUGGACUCAGCUCAUCUCUACACUCGGAGGGUGAAAGCCAUCCGAGCAGGACCAGAGCAACUCAGCCUGGCGGUUCUGGAGUCACGGUUGCAGGGACCAGCGCGCCCAUCCACAGACGUCCUUCAGCCGAACUCCAGCAGAGGAAGAACCCUUCCAAAGCACCAUCCAAGAACUUGAGACACAAAGCCCCUGAUAGGAUCAGGAACUAUAAUGUUAAAGACUGACGUAUAUCCAUACAGUAAAUACAUCAUUGUGUCAUCCGUCUGGCUGCGGGUGUGAGGUGAAGUUUAAGAAUUUGGAGGUAGUCCUCCUUCAUGAUGCCAUUCCAACUUUUCUUUCAUGUUUUCUUCAUAUUUUUUAAUUUUCAAUUCUCUUUCAUGUAUUUCACUUUUUCAGUUUUUCACAUUUUAUGUUCAGGUGAGUUGUAAUUGACUUGUGGGAAUGGUUGUUUGUCUAUAUGUACCCUGUGAUUGGCUGGCCACCAGUCCAGGGUGGACCCCGCCUCUCGCGCCAAGACAGCUGGGAUAGGCUCCAGCAUGGAUGGAUGGAUGGAUCUGAAACAUUUAAGUGUGACAAACAUGCAUAAAAAGUGAAGUUGCUUUUUCACAGCAAUGUAUAAUCAAGUACAGGUACACUCAAAAAUAGUAAUUGAACUUAAAUGAUGUGGCGUCUUUGAACGCAACCCCUCAUUGCUCAUGACAACACGGUUUCAAAGUGUGAUUAAAAUGUUGUGCUACUCAUGUUCA